GAACAGGCCAAUCGGAGAUUAGCUGCCAUCAUGGCGGACUACAAGGAGGCACCGCUGGCCUCUCGGCCAAAAACAUUGGAUCCUGCGGAAUAUUUCAAUCUUUCUCAAGACUACAGACGGAUCGAGCAAGACAGGGCUGCUAUGAGAGCCAACCUGAAGAGGCAAUUUCAAGUGCAGCUGAAUAAUCCUCACAGAAAAGAGCUGAUUGAGGAUCCUGCUCUCACACGCUGGGUGUAUGCAAGAAGCCACAUCUAUCAAAACUUCAAGCCCACAUCCAGAACGUCACUCAUCGGCGCAAUGGUCACAGUCGUACCCCUGCUCUUUUGGUUCGGUGUUCUGAAAACCGACAGAGACAAGAGGGAGGAGAGGAUCCAAGCUGGCACCCAGAACAGAGGAUAUCCCCUGUCGUAUUAAUCUGCACCACCAAGGUCCAUUGUCUCUUAGAACAUGUGUAAAGUCUAAUACUGUCAGAAUAAACUUAUAUCGUUCCAAA